AUGCAUACUGACGAAGCAUCCAAUUCCCAAAGGGCUGGUAUUGGCAUCGUAUUAGAGGCUCCCUCGGGCCUCAAAAUCGAAGAAGCUAUUCAUUUAGAAAAAUCCACGAUGAAUAAUGAAGCAGAAUAUGAAGCACUAAUCUAUGGUUUAGAGCUAGCACGAGAAAUGGGCAUCCAACGUCUGAAUGUCAGAGGAGACUCACAGCUUAUGAUAGAGCAAGUGGCUGGAAAUUUCGAUACUAAAGCACCCCAUCUGGUUAGCCUUCUACAGAAGGUAACUGCCUUGCGAUCACAUUUUCACCAGUUUGAACUCAUACAAGUACCUAGAGAACAAAAUCAGAAGGUCGAUGCCCUUGCCAAAUUAGCCUCUGCAAGAGGUUGCACGCGCCAAUCAUCCAUAUCUAUAAGCCAAUCAAGCAAAGACAUGGAAGUCUAUUCAACCUCAUCAGAACCUGAAUGCUGGAUGGAUCCAAUCAUAAGAUACUUGUCCACCUCCAAACUCCCACCUAAUCCAAAAGAUGCAAAACUUCUGCGCCUUCGGGCACAACGCUAUUCCAUAAUCCAUGGCACGUUGUACCGCAAGUCCUUCAACGACCCCUACCUACGGUGUUUGUGUCCAUCAGAAGCUAAAAAAUUGCUAGAAGAGAUACAUGAGGGGACAUGCAGAAAUCACACAGGGGGACGGAGUCUGGCACACAAAGCACUUACAGCAGGGUAUUACUGGCCAUACAUGAUGAUAGAAGCACGUGACUAUGCCAAAAAAUGCGACAAAUGCCAACAAUUCGCACCCACCAACCAUCAACCUGCUCAAACCUUACACUCCAUCGUUGCACCUUGGCCUUUUGCAAAAUGGGGUAUGGAUGUGGUAGGUGAACUACCUAAGGCUGCUGGAGGAAGACGGUAUGCUCUUGUAGCCACUGAUUACUUCACGAAAUGGGUUGUGGCAGAGGCUUACGUCACGGUCAGCAAAACAGACACUAUGUCCUUCAUCUGGAAGCAUAUCAUAUGUCAAUUUGGGAUACCGUGGGAGAUAGUCGUGGACAAUGGAACUCCAUUCCAAAAUGCGAAGGAAUAA